AUGUUGGAGCUUAAACUUGAUCUUUGUAUUCGAUACUGCGAUUCGUGUGCUCCAGAAGCUCCACCGAGUUGCCCGUGCCCUUCUCCACCUCCUUGCACCCCAUGCACCCCUUUGCCAGUGUACCACUGCAAGCCUAGGACAAAGUACGAUGUAAACUUUAUAUACAUAAACGACCAGCCCCCAAGCACUGCCUUAAAGGACUUUGUUGAUCGAACUGCGCAAAUACUUUUCUGGACCGAACUUAUUAGAGGUUUUGCUGUGACUCUUGGACAUAUAUUCAAAGAGCCUGCAACCAUUAACUAUCCAUUCGAAAAGGGACCGCUGUCACCUCGAUUCCGUGGCGAGCAUGCACUUAGGAGAUAUCCUACGGGAGAGGAGAGAUGUAUCGCUUGCAAACUGUGUGAAGCCUUCUGUCCAUCUCAAGCGAUAACGAUUGAAGCGGAGGAAAGACAGGAUGGCUCCCGGCGAGCAACGAGAUACGACAUAGAUCUCACUAAGUGCAUAUUUUGUGGUUACUGUCAAGAAGCUUGUCCUGUCGACGCAAUAGUUGAAGGUCCAAAUUUCGAAUACUCAACCGAAACGCACGAAGAAUUACUAUACAAUAAAGAGAAACUGCUGAGCAACGGUGACCGAUGGGAACCGGAGAUUGUUAGCAAUUUGAGAGACAAUCAUUUAUAUCGAUAG